CAUGCAAGAAACCCACACGUAGCAAACACAAAACAACAUUCAAUACAAUGAGUUUUGAACUGCUGAACACCCACCAAAAGUUGCUUGAUUUUUACUGAGAAGAAGGAAAGGGGAGAAUGUAGGAAGAGCUUCCUUCCAUCUUUCUUGUGACUGUGUGAUUUGAAUUAGUUCACCAGCUCGCUUGGACAAGCAUGCAGCGCAGUUAUAAUACUGGAUAAGCCAUGAAAUACAUCUGACGAAGACCAGAUUCGUGAUAUUUAUGGAGUGUGCGUGGUGGACUUCGUGUCGCGUUAGAACUUCCAGGAAUCGAGAGUUGUAGUUCUCUGUAUGUGGACAUGCCCGACACUGUCCGUGUUACUUGGUCGCUUGCCUUUGAGUUUGUUGCUGUUCAUAAUGUUGACCUAUUUCGUCGCGGGCACUAUCGAGUCCACUUAUCCUUCACGUCACCGGAAGGUGGUGGGGUUGAGCUAUCCGUCGCAUCCGAUACUGUAACUAACAUCGAAGGCCGCCAUACAGCAACAGUCACAGACGAUGGAAAGUGUGCAGUGUCCUCAUCGGUUCUGAUCCUCUAUCGUCAGCAGCGAAACAUUCUGGCUGACAACUUUGAGGGGCUGUUGCACUUCAGUUUGCCCUGCAAAAAGCUUGGUGAGAUUUCAGAGUGGCCUGUUGUACGCUGUACACUAGAAUUACACCAUGCACCUAACAGUCCACAGAAUACUGAUGCGCCGCCAGCUACAGCAUUCACUAAAGUUAGCCGCCAUCGCUUGUACCUACGCAUGUGCCCGAAGAAGCACCAGUUACACGCACAUCGUCCGUUCCUGUUUGACUUCUGUCACUUAGCAGGAGUGCAGCUCCGCAUUCAUGCAGUAUUGGCUAACGUUGCAUUGGAUGUCAGUGAACCAGCUCCCACCGAGAAGGCAAAGACUGGCUUCCGAACUGCUGUGAAGAACCUAUUGCCAUCAUCGGAGUCUUCGUCCAAACCGUUUCGAAAAAGUUCUCGUCCCAGCCGCUCUCAUUCGUUCAAGGGACUAGACCAUGCGAGGAAAAGUCGCCGUUUAACCGAUGCAUCAGAUCAAGCACGAUCUAUACUGUCACCUGCAGCACUGCGCUAUCGUGUGGACACCAUCUCACUUGUGGAGGCAAGGCAUAUCUGUCGCUUGCUGCUGGAAAGCAAAGCGGCUCUUGCAGAAAUGCACCAAAUGCUGAUUGGUGGCACCUUACCAACCCCACCAGAUGUGGAUGAAUUGCUCAACAAGAUGUACAGGAAAGGCCGGCGCGAGUCAAUACCCUGGAGUGAUGCACAGGAUUACGUGCUAGCUAUUCGAGGCGAGAUAUCUGCCUUGUGGGCGGUGUUUCUCGGUGAUAUAUCAGAGAUACCAUCAGCUAGUCAGCGGUUGCUGUUUCAGUGUCAGCACCAGAGAAUAUUGCGUUGGCGUGAAGGUGUGCUCACGCAGUCACAGCCUAUAUCAAACUGCCUGGCACUAGACGUGGAUCAGUUACCACGUCUUGACUGCACACAACUGCAGGCUUUCGCCGAGAAGAUUACCACUGACUUGUACGGCCGGCUGGCAUUUAAGCCUCUGCCGCUAGCAUGCAAAGUAGUAGAUGGUACACAUCGUAACAUGCCCUUCAUCCUGGAGCAGGUCUUUGCAGGUGAUGACACAUCACACUUGCGCAAGAAUGGUUUUGUCAAGUCAUCAGAUACUCUUGUGCCCUUUGACGAUAGUGCCGAGGAAAGCGGUGCCUCUAAUCUGGACAGCAGCCAGCCGCUGCUUACGCUGGGCGAGUUCCUUUCUUCUCACGCCAUUGCUCGCAAGCAGUCCGAGGAAAGCGUGGAAUCCACUCAGAGUCGCAGUGAGCUGAUGACCCUACGUGAAUUUCUCAACAGUGGUCUUGCCAAGCACCGUAGUUCCGGGAGCAGUAUUGCAUCAUCAACGUCGUCAGCAGAAGGAGAUGACAUGAUGACGAUGGAUGAAUUCCUGUCGAUUGUUCGCUCGGCUACGCACGAGGACAGCGAGGACAGCAACAACGAUCCUGCCAUGACAAUGGAUGAAUUCCUCAGUCAAGUUUCGCCGGCAUGUUCACAAGCUAUUCAACGAAGUCGCUCGCUAACAGCUGAGUCCGGUCCGAACAGUACCAGCCAAGCUAUGGCAGGUGACGACCGCUUCACCGUCGAUGAACUUCUGGCGGUGUUUGCGACAGAACGUGUAGCAUCGCGCUCAUGUGACAGUACCAGUGAUCUGACACUUUCAGAUUUCCUCGGCGGGGAUACCGAUUGCCAGCAGAUUCUUGCUUUCCAUGACAACACUGCACCAGACUGUAGUCCCUUGGCCGAGGAUUCUAUCUCCCCGACGGCAACUGACUUUGAGUUACAGCAGCGAGUUCCUGCGGAGCCUGUCGAUAUGAGUGUGCCUUCGUGCAGACCUUCCAUGACUGGACAUCAAGGACUGGUGAAUGAAGCAAAGGAAUUAAUACGGCCUGGUCUGCCAUCCUCGUGGGGAUUCUUGAGUGAUGGGGCAGCAGAGUUUCUACCGGCGCCGUACUUCAGCUCGGUGGAGAGUUUCCAAUCUAGAUCUAAACCAGUGCAUCUGGUUGUGUGCGUGCAUGGUCUUGAAGGUCUUCAUCUGGAUCUACGAAUGUUCUCCAUCUACUUGAAGCUAGCAUUGCCUGACGCUGGUUUGAUGUUCCUCAAGUCGAAAAGCAAUGAGCAAAACACCAACAAUGACUUUGUGAUCAUGAUCGAGGCACUGGUGAAAGAGAUCACAGCAUUCAUUGAGGACAAGGAGCUAAACGUUUCUCAUCUGAGCUUUGUUGGCCACUCACUAGGUAAUAUCAUCAUUCGUGGUGCACUGGCACAUCCAGCUCUCAGCUGUUACCUGCCCCUGCUGCAGGUGUAUGUAUCGUUUGCUGCGCCUCAUCUAGGCACUGCUCAUGCUAACUCUGUUGUCAGUACCGGAAUGUGGCUGAUGCGUAAAUGGAAGAAGUCAACCUCGUUAUGUCAGCUGGCUAUGAAGGAUACCUCGGAUAAGAGAAGAUCUUUUCUCUAUCAGCUCAGUUUAAAACCUGGCCUGGCAUUAUUCAAGUCGGUGCUGUUAGUUGCAUCUCAUCAGGACCAGUAUGUCCCAUUUCACUCUGCUCACAUUGGUCUUCACACGGGUGGAGAUGAUGAAGAGCUUAGUCGUAUCCAUAUGGAGAUGGUGCAGAACCUGCUGCGGCCCUUGCAGUAUAGUGCAACGCAGCUAAGUCGCUACACCGUAGUGCACCACUUCCAGUCCAAUGUGGACGUCAACGUCCUUGUAGGCCGCGCCGGCCAUGUAGCUGUACUGGACAACGACCUCUUCCUGGAGAAGUUUGUCGCACUCUUCUGCGCGCCAAAGUUUGUUGUGACAGAAUCAUCAGUCUAAGAAAGCGAUUAUAUUUUAUUUGCAUCCCUAUAGGACAGAGGCAUCUCGACAAAGAUAUCUGCUUUAUUUCCCUUUCAAUAGUCUUUAUUAACCGCUACAACCGCUACAACCGCAUCAACAGAUCCUGGUUAUUCCCAGCUAACACUUUUCAAUACGCAUAUUCCUGUUUAUUGUUUGUUUUUUAGAAGAAGCUUGAGAGUUGAGCUCUGUCCAUCAUGAAAUCUACUGCUGUAUCCAGUGCAUGGGUGACAUGUGUCCUCUAUUUGCUGACUUAUCUGUUGUAUGGCUGCUGCCGUGACAACUAUAGCCGAUUUCUUUUUCCUAUUUUUCUGCUGCCCCGUUUACUGUGAAGAAACAUUAUUUAUCACACCCACAUGUGCACAUUAUCGCUGACUGAGCCAUGCGGCUUGGUUUACACACCGCAGAUAUCUGGCAGCUCUUUUCUCCGUUCCUGCUUCGCUCCUCCUUGCACUUCCUCCUCUGCCUCGUCAGCCACUGACGCCAAUACAGGUGUACACUCUGCGCAGUGUACCUGGCUCCCCGCAAUACAUUAUAUAUUGUUUGCUCUCUCUCUCUCUCUCUCUCUCUCUCUCUCUCUCUCUCUCUCUCUCUCUCUCUCUCUCUCUCUCUCUCUCUCUCUCUCUCUCUCUCUUUUUACGGAACUCCUGUUCCUUGUUCUCUCUCUUUUUAACAUUGCCUGCUUGCCCCGGUAUGCGUCUGCUGGUAGUAUUUGUUCCUUUUAUAUGGCCUUGUCUCGACUUCUGUGUACAUUAACUUCUUCUUUCUAGAAGUGACCGAUGUAGUAAAGUUUCUGUUCCCUUCUCAGACAUGCUACAUUUUCUCUCUUUUCAUUUCUCCCUCUUUUAGCUCUUGUACAUACAUGUAUGCUGUUCUCGUUGCCAGUGUUUGGGUUUCUUUGCUUGUGAGAUGUGCGGUGACACAUUGAGUACAGACCUGACACAUAUGCUAGCCAUUAUUGUCUGCGGUUGUAUCGCAUUUGUUACGUUGUUCUCUGUUCUCUGUUUUCCGUAGUACAUGUAGUAGUUGUAGUAGUGGUCCACUGCUGGUUUACAUUACCACCGUACAAUGAUCUUGCUCAUGUUUGUGUUUUCAGCAUGCUUGAUUUUCGCUCUUCCUUUCGGGAUUAUUGAUUGAAUCUGUCCGUGCA